AUGCUGACCAAUGAAGCUGCCACCCGAAUCGCUAUUAUUGAUGCCCUCAAGUCUUUAAAAGCAGACAAACGCAUUAACCCGGGGGAUCCUAUUUUAAUUGUUUACGCCGGCCAUGGAACUCAAAUUGAAGCUCCCUCUGGAUGGGAAACAGGUGGCGAACAUUUAAUCCAGGCACUCGUACCCUUUGACUGUUGCUCUACUACUGGACUUGAAAUCCCGUGUAUCCCAGACCGUACUAUAGGAGCUCUGCUGGAGAGUAUCGCUGAGACAAAGGGGAAUAAUAUUACUGUCGUUCUCGACUGCUGUCAUGCGGCUUCUGGUACUAGGGCAGGAACUGGUGGUCUCCGUAUUCGUUCAGUCGCUCUCAAACCGAGUCCUAUCCAUACCCAGGACCUUGACUUGAAUAUCUGGGACGCAGGGUUCACAAAUCAACAUCCUGUCCCCCAUUUCCGGUAUAGAGGUCUUCGUUCACACAUCUUGCUUGCCGCGUGUCGCUCCUUCGAACGCGCCACAGAGACCAAAGGACACGGUAAAUUCUCUCGAGCCUUACUCAAACUGCUCAGAGCUACUCCUCCCGAUGAGCUGCGCUACUCUCAAAUCUUAUUUAAAUUAGACGUCAUUACCGAUCAAAACCCGCAACUAGAAGGGGUCGAGCAGGAAAGAUUUCUCUUCGGUGCUCCUAUUCAAGCCCCUACACCCUCCAUCUACCCCAUCUUCUACGAUGAACAAUCCUGCCUGCACUUUACCCCUGUCGGAACUGCCCAAGGAGUCACUCAGGGUUCGACGUUCGAUUUGAUACCGGAAACAAAUGUACGGGACCUUGAGGCUGUGACAAAUGGUUCAUUUAUUGUCCUGCGGGCUAUGUCUUUCAUCAGCACGUUGACGCCACAGAGUAAUUCCCAAACCAUUACUGGUCCCCUCACCAUUCGCCGCAGCACCGAAGGCCAGAAAUAUCCCAUUCGCCUCUUCAUCUCUCAAGACAGGUAUCCAGCCACUCGCAGUUAUUUGGAUGGAUUACUCCGAGAUCAAACUCACGGAUUACGCGACUGUAUCAUUGUGGAUGAUCCGUCUGAGGCCCACUUUCAAAUUUCAAUCAACCGUGGCAAGGCUAUCUUUAAUCUUCUUGACGAAGCCGCUAGAAAGUAUGGUUUUCGUUACCGAUACCCCCGCAUUGACGCCCACCACGAUAACGUGUCUUCUUUCCUCAAAGCAGCCCAGAAAUACUACACAGAGCUAUAUCAGACUAGUGAUGAUGGUAGUAGCUUUGAACUGAUCGAUGACCUUGAAGUAUCCUGCUUCCAACUGCACGAAAAAGCCUCCACGCUCGACGAUGUCUCCCAACUGGACAUGGUGACGAUUGGCCAGGACCUUUGUGAGUAUGAAAAGAUAGACCUGGUUGUGAAAGCGGACUCGUAUUAUGGCUUCAAGAUCGUUAAUCAUGGCAAUCGUGAUCUGUAUCCUACAUUGUCAUAUUUCGAUUUUAGGGACUUGGGCACGAUCACGAGUUGGUACAAGGCACCAUCGAGCGGUCCUUACCAACUUGAAGCUCCAUUAAAGAAGUAUGGAGGAUCUUUGACCAUUGGUUAUGGAAAUGGUGGGGCACUCCCUGUCAUGUUUAGCCUUCAGGAGGAUCAAGAAAUAGCGGUCGGAUUUCUCAAAAUUUCUGUUUCAACACAACCCGUUCACAUGUUCGACCCACUAUACCACCUCAGUAAUUACCAGCAAAACUUGCAGUCCUUCUUAUCGGAAAACAUACGACAUACAUGGGGGAGUAAAUUGAUACCAAUCAUUCAACGACGGCGCCCAAAAGAGACACCUACUGACGGGUUUCAUUUCAGCUAUUGGCCGCAUACCGACCCAGUUACUCACGUUAUUGGUGCACACGCGAUGUCUCGUAGGACCACCAGCAUGCCAAUUCGCUUUGUCGGCGCUGGAAGGGCGUAA